AUGGAAUUAGAUGAUAUAAAUGGUAGGUUUCUAAAAGAUAAACAAUUUUUUCAAAAUGGAAAGCAGAUCAAAGUAAAAGAUAACAAAAUGGUGGACAUUCCUAAUACAUCUUUAUACAGUAACUAUAAUAUGGUACAGGAGGAAAAAAGUAAUUUGUUUUUAAGUGAACAAAAUAUUUUAAAUUCAGAUAGAAAAGAUAUAGAAUUAAAGAGUAGAAUGAGAAAUAAUACGUACAUGGAAGGCAGAUUUUACAUCUUUUUAGUUCUUUUUAUUUCUUUCUAUGCCCUUUUAGUAAAUUUCAUUCGUAAGGGUCUAGGUUUUAUUUCAAUUAGUCAUAGGUUAGCGAAUAUUGAUGGAGGAAGCCUUACUAUGUAA